UCGUUCGUAGUGUAUGGUCGCGUCGCUCGUCGCGAGAAUUGCCGCGCGAAAUACGAAACUUUAUUAAAGUGAUGUGUUUAGUGAUUUAAGUGAUGUGAAAGUGUUUUAAUCUGAGGUUUCAAAAUGGAGCUAAAAUCGCCGAAAGCGAAGAAAAAGACGACACCAAAACUCGUCUCAUGGAAGAAACUGUUCAGCACACCCAUUCUGAUCCUUUUACUCCUCGGAUCGACCAGUUGUGACGUUGACACUGACGUUGACAUUGACAUUGACGUUGACACUGACAGGCACACAGAUAAGCGUAUAGAUAGACGGGUCUUAAGUGAUAUUCGCUAUUUGAGGCGUAAUUUAAAUAAAGAUGUGUUGAAUUUUGUUAUGAAAGACGUAUUGAUUGAUGGCGAGGUGGAAAAUCGGAUACAUUUCAAUGGUAUCACCGCGAAGGAGACUUUUGUUGGUGCAAAUGGAAACGGGCUAAAACUCCGCCAGAUGACAGAUGGCCGCCAUCUUAUACAGAUUAUUUACACCCCAAAUGGCGCGAUUCAAGAUUGUGAAUACAUCACAGAUGCAAAGACAACAAGAAACUUUUUAAAAACACUACGAAGAGAAUUGAAACUGGCAUUAGACGAGGAAGCAUUCAGAAUAACUGAAAAAAGAAAAAAUGUCACGGAAGACGAACGGUUUUACCGCCAUUUUGGAAACAUGACGUUUCGACUUUUGACAGAUGGCGAAAUGUUGCCGUCUGACAUCGCGUCGUGGUUGGAUUAUGACAGAUUAAAAAUGGAAUGUUUUGAGCGGCACGAAGAGUUAAAAUACAUGAUGGAGAAUAAAAAUAAAUACACGGAGCCGGCGCUAGCGAGAAAAAAGCGCGACGCGAUGGACAUACUGCGGGUGCCCGGCACAAAAUGGUGCGGCAAGGGCUUUUCGGCAACGCAUUAUUCGCAGUUAGGAGGUUACACGCGCACAGAUAGAUGUUGUAGGAUCCAUGAUCUGAGGUGUCCGUUCUGGAUUGGGGGGAUGGAGAAAAAAUACGGCCUUUACAAUUGGAGAGUCAACACACUGAUGCAUUGUCGGUGCGAUGAAAGGUUCCGUGCGUGUUUAAAGCUGGCUGAUACAUCAGUGUCCAAUAUGGUUGGAAAAUUGUUCUUCAACGUAGUACAGACCAAAUGCUUCGUUCUGAAACCUAUAAAAGCCUGCAAGCAGCGGUCGUGGUGGGGAAAAUGCCUCCGAAAAGGUUACAUGCGACAGGCCUUCUUGCGUGACAACCUGCCGUAUUAAUUGUCAGUUGUCAAAGUGACAGAUGACAACAUGAAGCGAGAACGUUUUCGCAGUUGACUUCAUAUGAAAAGAUUUUUAUUUUCAUAUUUAUGAACAGAAUGCGUUUGAAUUAUUGAAUUAUCUAUAAAUAUUUCAUAAAUGGCGCGAAAAGAAUAUGUCAUGUUUUUAAUAUAUAAACGAUGCUAUUGUGUAAUCCAAUGUAGUCUGUACUCAUCUCCAGUCAGUGUCAAAUAGUAAUUGUAGGAUUAAAAUAAUAAAUAGCUUUACCAUGAGCUUGUAUUAAAUGUCAAUCUGCGUCAAACAAUUCAUUUUAUGUAAUAAUGGACAUACUAUUUGUAUAUUCUCUAUACAUACUUUACUGUUGUAUUUAUAGGCAAAUGAAUAUUCAAUAAAUACAAACAAUAGUUUCCCGCCAAAACAUACUUUGACGUCUGUUAAAAUGGUUCAUAGAUUACGUGGCAAAUGACAUGGCGUCAUAAUGACAUUACAUCUAAACAGAGGCGGAUCCGGGGUGAAGUCAUGACCCAUCAGAUUUUCUAUUAAGAUAGAACAUUCCAAAAUCGUUGGAAUAACAGCUUUUGACAGUCAAUGCCACAGCCUGUGCACAUCAUAACUGAAGACUUCAAUGCUGGCCCUGUCAACAAGGUUUCCAACUGUAUUUUUCCCUUCUUCCUGAGGGAAAAUACAUGUCGUUGUUUCAGGCACAGGCUCACCUACUUGACUAUAAAAAAAGUGUGCGUGUACUUAUGUACGCGCGUAAGAAGUUAUACUUCUUUGGAAUUAUUAAAAAUAGUUUUUGAUUGCAUGCAAAUAAUUAAU